GCUGCUGCUCCUGCUGGGGCCGUGGCUCCAGGCUGCGAGCGUCGUGGAGCCGCCGCUGCCCGCCGUGGUCCUUACGGUCCUGGCCCGCAAUGCCGAGCACUCACUGCCCCACUACCUGGGCGCGCUGGAGCGGCUGGACUACCCCCGGGCCAGGCUGGCCCUCUGGUGUGCCACGGACCACAACACGGACAACACCACGCAGAUGCUGCAGGAGUGGCUGGUGGCUGUGGGUGACCACUACGCGGCUGUGGUCUGGAGGCCCGAGGGGGAGCCCAGGUCCUACCCAGACGAAGAGGGGCCCAAGCACUGGACCAGAGAAAGGCACCAGUUUCUGAUGGAGUUGAAACAGGAAGCCCUGACCUUUGCUAGGGACUGGGGGGCUGACUACAUCCUGUUUGCAGAUACAGACAACAUUCUGACCAACAACCAGACGCUGAGGCUUCUGAUAGAGCAGGGGCUGCCCGUGGUGGCCCCAAUGCUGGACUCCCAGACCUACUACUCCAAUUUCUGGUGUGGGAUCACGCCCCAGGGCUACUACCGACGCACAGCAGACUACUUCCCCACCAAGAACCGCCAGCGCCGGGGCUGCUUCCAGGUCCCCAUGGUCCAUUCCACCUUCCUGGUGUCCUUGCGGGCUAAGGGGGCAGCCCAGCUUGCCUUCUACCCCCCUCAUCCCAACUACACCUGGCCCUUCGACGAUAUCAUCGUCUUCGCCUAUGCCUGCCAGGCCGCUGGUGAGGACCGGCUCUCCGUGAGCAACCCUGGAGGCCUCUAGGUCUUCGCAUAUGCUGUUCCCU